UUAAUGGCAAAAUAUUGGGUGGUGACUGGUGAAAUAUGGAUCACUGGCAGCUUGGCAAGCAGAGCAGGAAAGACAGUUAAAUCAGUUUACAAUCACAGAGAAGGACCUGCAUGCAGACAUGAGGACCCCAAAUGUUGUCACAGUUGUGGUGA